AUCAAUCAAGCCGAGAAAACAGUGUCAAGGCAUUCGUGCGAAACUAUUCACAAAAAAAUAUGGGUUUGGUGAACAUACUGAUAGUAGUGGCUCUGUGUUUGCCAGUGCUGGUCAAAGCUGGUCUUCAGGAAGACCACCUACAAGAACACAAUCGGCUGAGGGAGAAGCAUAGAAGUCCGCCUCUCACCUUGGACAGCGAUCUCUCAAAGGGAUGCGAGGAAUAUGCUAAGGAGCUAGCUGCUAAGGAAAAGUUAGAGCAUUCAAGUAAUGCCGGUCAAAAAUAUGGUGAAAACUUGUGCAUGCGGUCAGAAAAACCUCUGCAAUGUGUUCAAGACUGGUACAACGAAAUCAAGUCUUACGACUUUGAAAAGGGACAAUUUAGCAUGCACACCGGCCAUUUCACCGCCCUCGUUUGGAAAAACGCGAAGAAAAUGGGUUUCGGUCAAGCCACGGACGCAAGAGGUUACUACUGGGUGGUAGCAAGAUAUUAUCCACCAGUCAAUGUGAACGGGCAGUUCAAAGAAAAUGUUGUCCCUCCGGUCAAAGGGAAAGAUGAUAGCGAUGGUCAAGAAGGCCGUUAUAAUAUGAUUCAAGUUAACACCCUUAUCAGUAUUUUUACUAUGCUUUGGGUAUGCCAGCACUUCACAAAUUAAGGUCCAUAUCUUUUAUAUCCAUAUAUUGUACCGCACUGGUUGUAAAUUUAUAGUUCACCAAUUCAACAAUCAAUUCAUUUCGUACCUAAUAAUAAAUUUCGGGUUUUGGAAGUAAAUUGCGAAAGUUAA